AUGACCUUUGAGCUCCAUGGCACGCAUAUCCACGUCUCCAUCUUUCCAAGCAACGGCUUAUCGACCAAGGACAGCAACCACCUGCAGCCGAAGGAUCGCCCUCUCCAGGACCAUCUUAUCGACAUUUUCUCACAGGUUUUUAAGUGUGAAGAUUCUGAAGAGCGUAAAUCGCUUCAUGACGAGGUGCUUGGUGUCAUACUCAAGGCUGGCAAGCCUCUCUUCUCCCAGUUGACACCCAAGACGCCGACUCGAGAACGGUCAACUUUGCAUCGGUUCUUGUUCGCCGAGAUACUCUACUUUCGCCUGGACUGUGAUUCAGGCGCCGCCUCGGUUGUCCCAGUCGAACCCGAAGAAGCAUACGCUGCUGGCCAUCUCAUCAAUCGAGAGCUCGGCCAAACUUCUGAGGAGGAGUUGGAUUUAUGUGAACACAUUCCUCGAUACACCCCCGAGGACAUUGUGGUCAAGAAUGUGUUUAUGAAGGGUGUCAGGCAUGUCACUGCUGCCGUCCUGGUAGACGGACGCGACAUGUUCUGCAAGGCACAGGGUGGACCAAGCCAACUGCGAGGCGGCCCUGAAGGACGAGAGCUGGAAUAUCUGGGCAAGAUUCUCAAAGCAUUCCCCCAACAAGACUCUGUACGGGUUCCCCAGCUUCUGGGAUACAUCCAUGACAAGGAUACAAAGAGAAUCCUGGGAUUCCUCAGACAGUGGGUGCCUGGACAGAACCUGGGGAUUGAGAUUGAUCUCGCCGCCACAGCGACAGAGACGAAGCAGAAAUGGGCCUCGCAGAUCCGUGAAAGUGUCCAGCUCCUUCACAAGCAUGGACUAGUAUGGGGAGAUGCCAAGCCCUGCAACGUUAUCAUUGAUGAGCAGGAUGAUGCCUGGCUGAUAGAUUUCGGGGGCGGAUUCACUACAGGUUGGGUCGAUAGCCAGCUGGCAGAGACGAUUGAGGGAGAUGAGCAGGCUCUGGAAAGGAUUAUGGCAUUAUUGAGCAGCAAAGACAAUGCGAUCUUGUAUUGA